UCCCUUUAUCCCACCUUCUUCCUUCACCUCUCUACCCUUCUUGGCUACUCAAUAAGCCCAACAUCACAAGCAAAAGAAACUAAUCUUUUCUGCAACAUAUUGCACCACCCCAAGUUAAAAAAAGAUCUCAAACAAUGAACCAUGGGUACAUUGUUUAUGAUUUGGUUAUGAUCACUCUAUCCUUGUCCCUCAUAAUUCUCGGUGUUGUCCUCUUUGUUGCAUGCAAGAAGAAACCAGUUGAGAGUGAAGAAACUGUUGCUGUGAAGCACUGUGCUAGAGUGUACUCACUGAUGGACAUUGAUGCUGUCACUGAUAACUUCAACCACAGGAGAGUAGUGGGAAAGGGUCCUCUGGGAACCGUGUAUGUUGGGGUGCAAGAGAAUGGAGAGCUUGUGGCUGUGAAAAGGAUCCAUCCCGUGCUUGUGUUGAGCAACGCAGGGUUAGGAUUCUCAUCAGUGUUGAAAUGGCUCUCUUCAGUGCAACAUCCCAACAUAGUUCCUAUAAUUGGAUUCUCAGAAGCACCGGGUGAAAGAGUUAUAGUGAUGGAGUUUGGGCGCAUGAUGAGCUUGGAGUUCUGUUUGCAUCAAAACGUUAAUGGGGCAUCACUUUUGGAUUGGAACAAGAGGAUCAGAAUUGCAGCAGGAACAGCGAGAGGGCUUCAGUAUUUGCAUGAAGUGGCAACACCAAACAUCGUACAUGGGCGAGUCAAGUCUUCAAAUGUUUUAAUUGAUGUCAACUUUUGUCCUAGGAUUUGUGAUUAUGGUCUCAACUUUUUGGCAGCAGGAGAAAAGAGAGAGCUAGUAGGUUAUGUGGAUGAUGAGUAUUGGAAUGAAAGAGGGGGUGGUGGAAGCAAGGAAAGUGAUGUUUAUGGUUUGGGAGUUGUAUUGCUUGAGCUAAUAAGUGGUAGAGGAUGCAAUGAAGGAAUGAUAGUAGAGUGGGGUUUGCCUUUGAUAAAGGCAUUGGGUUUUGGUGAAGUUUUGGAUCCUAGGUUGGUAAUUCCUUCUGAUAUGAAGAAUGUAGUUAGAUUAGCCAAAGUUGCUUCGGCUUGUGUUGGUAAUUCAAGAAAGUGUAGACCUUCCAUAGCACAAGUGGCUACUAUUUUGAACAAUUUAGAGAUGGAAGUGUGCAUUUCUGAUCUGUAAAAUACUUCACGAUCAAGUCUAAUACUGAAUUUUAUAGCUUCAAUUUUGGACAAUGCCGAAGGA